AAGACCCUCGACAUCAGGUACAGCCGACCACAUGGAUACUUUGAAUCCCAGCGGAUUUUAUGUAUCGAUGAUUUUGAGGUUUGGACAAGCAAUUGUUUCUAGAUGAAUGAACCAGGUGUGGCUGAGACAUCACAUGACAAGUAUCAGGUGCCGCCAACCGGAGAUCACGUGACUCGGAGAAAUUUAAAUAACAUGUGUUUGGAGUUGACUUAACACCAAGGAGCGAAAUGGAAAUCAGACCGAUUGGUUAAAUGGCAUAUCGUUAGACACAACAGUGGUCAAAAAACAAUUCUGGGAUAUUUUAAGAAAAAAAUGAUUUUGAGAAAAUCGUGAUUCAGAGGCUGGAAUAGAAGAGCAAAACACCAUGGGACGGGACACGAAUGAGAACCAUCGAAGGAACUUACAGCUGUUCCACCGCAAGUCCAAAGUCUUGCUGAACGACAUGGAACGCGACUACCUGCACGAUGUACUCAAGCAGUAUGAAACCUACAAGGACGUGAGGAGGCUCAUGACGUAUCUCAGGGACAUCUUAGACACUCCGGCCAAGCUGGACCUCCUGCUGGAGAUCCGAGGACUCAUUCCCAAGAUGCACCUGGCCCAGUUUGAUUGGCUGGCGCCUUACGCCAAGAUGGCCCACCCGGUCAUCCUGACCAACGCCGACGGGACCACUGCCAACGGAAGCGUCAAACAUCUACGCAAGAGUCGAAGCGCUGGCUCGGUCAGAGGCACGAACGGUUUCCAUGACAACCCUGCUACCGCCGUUCGCAUGGUUACCGUUGACAAGGACAGGGAGGCGCUGGGGAUCAGUAUCCAGGGGGGCUCGGAGAACGGCCAGGGAAUCUUCAUCAGCGAGGUGGAACCCGGCUCCGUGGAAGAAUCGCUGGGCUUAGGCCCCGGGGACCAGAUACUGGAGGUCAACAACAUCAGUUUUGACAACAUCACCAGCAGCAGUGCAGGCAUGGUGCUGCAGGGAAGCAGCAGGCUGAGACUGAAGGUCAAGCACUCCGGUAGGAUAUCGGGACAUCGCAUCUCCAAGGAAAAGACUACCUGGUUUGACACUGUUCGAAGGAAGAUAGUUGCCGGGGAGUUCAAUGACAUAGACCCUUCCCACGCCGCCAUGGGAGGGACGCGGCUGCUGAGCCGGGGCGACGAGAGGCGGGUCAUCAUUACGCUGUCGUCGCGGCGAUGUAUCGGCUUCAACAUCAGAGGAGGGAUGGAGUACGGCGUGGGCAUCUACGUAUCCAAAGUUGACAAGGGCGGGCUGGCCGAGGCCCACGGUAUCACUGUCGGCGAUCAGAUCAUCGAUGUGAACGGAGUGACCACGGAGAAUUCCACCCACGCCCAGGCCGUGGAGCUGAUACGCAACCAGCCGUGCCUCAUCAUGACCAUUAGGAGCGUCAACCGGUACCCGGCCUACAACGAACUGUGCGACGAUUACGCAUGGCCGGACCGAGAGGAUCAGCACAAACGCCACCACAGUUCUUCGCCUACCUCGGGCACAACGCCCCUGACCCACACUGAGCUCAUCGACGCCAUUCCUGUAGAAGUAGCCGAGCAGUACACACAGACACACGCACACAACGAGAGCAACACCUGGGCAGUCAACCAGUCCAUCACCAUGUCACCUACGCCAAUCCCAAAGUCAUCCCGGUCGUCGGUAGCAACGGAAACAACCUCCUUGAUACAGAAGCAUCUGCCUUUACCAUCCAAUGGACAAAGCUCCCAAGCUGAGCCCAAGCAGCCCAGCGAGCGAACGGGUAGCCCAACACGGUCUGGCACCCAGAUGAUCAUGGGCACCACUGCUCUGACUACCGACAAGAGAAUCGGCCGUUCGCAAAGCAUGAAGUUUCCUGGAGAGAAAGCUUUGCCGGUGUUUGAGAGCGAGUCCCAGAGCAAGGAGAGCCGACGAGUUCAAAGAAACCGCACCUUCAGGGAGAUCCUCUUUGGGAUGAAGAUGAGGAGCAAAGACAAGAAGGAGAAGGCUGAACGACGAGGAGAUAAGAAAGCCACAGCGGAUCAAAGAAACAUCAAAAAGAGGUACCCCUCAUCUGCAAUGUAUGCCAGCCUGAACAAAAAGCCAUCCAUCGAACAACAGCCACAAGCGCACAGUGAUAACACCAACCAAUCAGAGACUGCGACUGUAAACUGGGCAACCCGCAAGACCAAUGAAAGGGAAGCAGUCGCGAGUUCCAAUCCAGGCAGCAUAGCUCGCCGACACAGACCCAAGCCAGUCAGCACCGUCCCUCCCCAACACGCGGCCGUGAUGGACACCCAGCAGCCCACGGCGUUCACGCACGGUGCGGGCACCCAGCUGAUGUACUCAGAAGUCCGAUAUGCCAGUGCUAUGAGUGUACUGGAAGACAUGGCCAAGAAACUGCUGAGUGACGACGAGCAAGGGGCCAUCAUGAGACACGUCCGAUGGUACCACCAAGAGGGGCGCAUUGAGAACCUGGUGUCCCCCAUCCUAGUCAUCCUGGACAAGCCAGAGAAGGUCCUGCUACUCAGGGAGAUCCGGGGGGUGGUAGCCCCCUCGGACCUGGGCCGGUUUGACAGCAUGGUGUCACGGAAGGAACUGCAGGCCUACGAUCAGCUGCAGUUUGCACGGCGAGAUCUCUCACAGCCGCUGAAUUCAAUGAGGCGAAACUCCAUUGGUAAACCAAAGAAGACAAUUUUGGAGACCAAGCCAGAUGAAGAGGGCAAGUUCUUCUUGCAGACUCAGGAAGACAUCGAGCAGGACAGGCGUCGGCAGCACGAGCUCAAGGAACUACGCAGGGAGAACCAGAGAAAACUUGCUGCAUACGCGGAGCAGCUAGCAGACAAAGAGGAGGAGUUUCCUGCUGAGGACACCAAUUCCCUGCACAAUAGCGACAUCGCCAUGUCUCUCUUCGAAAACCCUGGCAAAAACAACUUUUCAGAAUCUGACGUGAAGGCAGGGUCCCCCGAUUCCAAUUUGAGCAGUAAGACCUCAAAUGCCUCACCGUUAUUGACGGAUGAAGAAAGAGAAGUUGUCGUGGCGGUCCGAGAGAGCACUGUGGAGAAGCUUCCGGUCAUCUUGGAAAGGCAUCAGCAGGGAGCAUCGCCGGAUGAGGGUUUAGGAGAAGCGGGGGAGAAGGGUGGCAAGAAGUUGGGAAAACCAAAGAGCAAACAGGAUCAGCCGGAUCAGGACUUGCUGCCCAAGUUUGUCGUUCGAGAUGAGGAAGAGGAGCAGGAGAAAUGGGUGUUGCCUAGGAUCGAAGAUGACACCUUAGAGACAGGUGACCUCUCACCGCGAGUCGCCGAAGUCUACCAUGCUGAGAUAUACGGACUUGACGGCAGUGACAAUGAGGAAGUCGACCUUCCUGAGUUCGAGGACGGGUCGUCAGACAGUGAUGCCAACAGCAGUGGCGGGGAUAACCCCGUCAAGCCCAAUAAGAGCGGUCUGUACAGCUUGAUCCGGGCAAACGGCGACUCCGGUCAAGACACUGGCAACAACUCGGAGGCGACAUCCCCGGCUUGGUCCUCGCCAAACCCCUUCUCCCCCGUCAGUGAUAUGUCCCUACCUCCCACACCCGUCUCCACCCCGGGCAGUCCCCCGUCUCCAACCAUCCCCAAGACUCCUCCUAACACCGUGCGCUCCCCGCUCACCCCAUCCAGCAACGAGUCUGAAGCAAGAGCAGCCGUGGCCAAAGCUGAACCCAUCUACGCCAAGGUGGAUUUCAGCAAGAAGAAGUCCAGGCAACCGGUCAAGGACACUCUUUCCGUGGAGGGAUCUGUCGACGGGUCUUUGGACAGUUCUGAUAGUGGUCGUCGCAGUCCCUUCAGAGUAACUUUUACUGACUACAGAGCAUCACCCGUGCCAUCUAGGAAGGGCAUUCUGAAGAACAGUUUCCGCAAGGACGAGGCCCCGCGGGUAGAGAAGCGACGCUUCAGCAGCGACUACAUGGACAUCGAAGAUAUCAACCUGGGCGACCCGGCGCCCUUCCAAGAGAUUGAUGCAGAGAUGAAGAACCUCAAGGCAUCCAGCACUGCCUCCACCAACGAUGACAAUACGGUGGAGCAACUACAGGCUGGAAUAGAGACUAUGACUGUCUCCUUCAAUAAAAACAGACCCUCAUUGGGCAUCAGUGUUUCUGGAGGACGGGACAGCAAGAACCAGCCCGAGGUCAGAAUCGAUCGCAUUUUUCCAGGGGGUGCGGCGUCAGAUGAUGGAAUCCUUCAGGCUGGGUGUGAGGUGUUGUCUGUGGACGGGGAAUCUCUCCAGGGUGUGACCCAUCCACAAGCUGUGGACAUCAUCAGGAAGGCUUACCACGACAAGACUAGGAAGACCAUAGAGUUUAUCAUCAAGCAACCGCUGGAGAUGGAUACCCAUCUUUGAUGAAGUCAUCAAGGUGUGAGUUUUUGUUCACAAAUCCCAGAGCAUCCUAUUCUAUCAGUCAUCAGUUUUCUUCUGAAAAUUCCAGAUGUUUCUAGGCUUGGAUGAUAGUUCAAUAAUGCCGUCUAGUGACAAAAUGUUUUUGAUACCGAACAAAAUCGAAAGGUGAUGUUUUUCAUAUAUCGAAAUACCCCCCCCCCCC